GCUCUCUCCAACUCCUUCGAUCCCUUCCCUCCUCUCGCCGCCGGCCGAUUCACUUCUUCCAUCAUUCGAUUAAGCAAGCAAAGGCAAGGCGCAUUUCCCUCGGGUGACUCGAUCGGCCGCACGAUGUCUGCGACGCAGCCGUGGAGGUCGCUUUUCUGCUGCGCGGCGGCGGGAUACGACGACGCCGACGAGCCACCGCCGUCGUCGCGGGGGCAGAGGAAGGGCCGGAGCAGGAGGGACCGGGACCGGGAGCGGCUCCAGCUGCUGCUGCUGCCGUCGUCCUCGUCGGCGGCGUCGCGGGUGUCGCUGUCGAGCCUGGGGGGCUCGUCGGGGACGCUGACGCCCGAGGACCUGUCCCUGACGCUGUCGGGCUCCAGCCUGCACGCCUUCACCUGCGCCGAGCUCAGGGCCGCCACCGCGGGCUUCUCCCGCGCCAACUACCUCGGCUCCGGCGGCUUCGGCCCCGUCUACCGGGGCCGCGUCGCCGCGGGCCUCCGCCCGGGCCUCGACGCGCAGCCGGUGGCCGUCAAGUACCUCGACCUCGACUGCGGCACGCAGGGCCACCGCGAGUGGCUGGCCGAGGUCUUCUUCCUUGCCCAGCUCCGACACGACAACCUCGUCACGCUCAUCGGCUACUGCUACGAGGACGACCACCGCAUGCUUGUGUACGAGUACAUGAGCAACCAGAGCCUCGAGAAACACCUCUUCAGAAGUCUCGACGGCCCCAUGCCAUGGAUGACGAGGAUGAAGAUCGCCGUCGGCGCGGCCAAGGGCCUCGCCUUCCUCCACGGCGCGGACACGCCGGUGAUCUACCGGGACUUCAAGGCCUCCAACAUCCUGCUUGACCAGGACUACAGCACCAAGCUGUCGGACUUUGGGCUCGCCAAGGACGGGCCUCAGGGCGACGCGACCCACGUCACAACGCGCGUCAUGGGGACCAACGGGUACGCGGCGCCAGAGUACAUCAUGACGGGGCACCUCACCGCCAAGAGCGACGUCUACAGCUUCGGGGUAGUGCUGCUGGAGCUCCUGACGGGCCGUCGGUCCGUCGAUCGGUCUCGGCGGCCCAGGGAACAGAGCCUGGUGGACUGGGCCAGACCCUACCUCAAGAAGCCCGACAAGCUCUACCGGGUCAUGGAUCCGGCCAUGGAGUGCCAGUACUCGUGCCAAGGGGCCGGACGCGCCGCUAUGGUGGCGUACAAGUGCCUGAGCCAGAACCCCAAGUCCAGGCCCACCAUGAGGGAGGUGGUCCAGGCCCUGGAGCCCGUCCUGGACAUGAACGACUACCUUCAGAUAGGCUCGUUUGUGUUCACCGUCGUGGUGGAAGACAGCAACGACGACGACAGCCAAGGCAAGAUGGUCGACGUGACAAUAGAGACGACGGUGGAGGAGAAGCGCCAGAGCCACCAGGACCGGCACCGGCAGAAGUUCCCCAACUCGGUUGUCAAUGCCGACGUGGUGCUGCACCGGGACGGCGACCUCGGGAAGCACAUUGCCGCGCUGCGGCGGCACCGGAGGACGUCCAGCUACGUCAAGGAGAGAGGGACGUAGAAGCGUAGCAUAUAGCCUUCGGGUGAAUUGGCAAUUGGCAUGGCACGUACUAGUGUUUAGGAGAGAAUCAGCAAAAGCAAAAGAUUAAUGUGUACAUAUAAUUAAGCUAGAUCAUAGAUGGAUGUGGCACAACAAGGCAUACACAACCAUGCCGCAUUUGGUUUGGUGGCACAAAAAAUUGUUCAUUUUUUGUUCGUGUUAGUGAUAAUUGGUGUAACUGUCC